GGGGUGUGUGCGUUGAAGCCGAGAUCAGCUUCAGGCGGCACUCAUGAAGUUCAAGCACGGGUCGGCUUUCAGAAUGAAGAAGGUUGUUCUGAACAGCAAAGUGCAGCCUACCUACAUCUCUGCAGACUUGAAGAUGACUGUGGACUUGCAGAAGACCCAGAUGACAGCGAACAUGUGCGUGUCCAGGCUUUCAGUGAAGGACGUGCUGUCCAUUUCGAGCCGAAUGGCUUUCGAUCUGACAGCUGUUGUCCGUACUGUUUCCAGUGCAAAGACGGCGCAACUGAGAUCUGGCCAGGCUUCAGAGGUGGUGGAAGUGGUGAUGGCAGACGGCUCCAAGGGUGAUGAUGGGUCGCUGCUGUGCUUGACAGUGUCCGUUUGGUCAAGGCUCAGGAGGGGCGCGUGGUGCCUUCGUAGGCUUGACAGCUGUGCGGGUGAACAGCGGAGACUCCACGUUCAUAGUGCCGGGACAUGGACGCUGUGCUAUCUUCAGAUGCGCCAACUGCAUCCGUGGGUGGCUUUGUGCCCAGUCAGCUGCCUUUUGACAUCGCCACGGACGCUGCGUUGUUGACGACAUGCCACAUUGUGGAGAGCAUGGCGGAAAACAUGCAGCUGGGGGCAAGUGAGGCUGAGCUAUUUCAGCUGAACGGCGUGCAUGUGCAGCCGCCGCAGGAUGACAACGUGCUGACCAAAGACUUGAGCAGAAUCUUUUUCCUCACCCGUGCCUUGGACUACUCCGGAGGGACAAUGGUCGGCGUCACACAAAAAAGCGCUUGGGUGUGCGGACAGGGCCACACAGGCCAAGAACCGCGAGCUGCAACUCCCAGUGCUGGCCACAGUGCGGCUGGUGCGCAGCGUGCGUGACUUGAAGAGCGCCCGUGAUGCUGCUGACGCGGCUGACGCUGGCAAGGUUGUCAACGCUGUGGUGCUGAAAGCCGCGCACUACUCCAUCGAAGAGCUGCCCAGAAAAGCCGUGGGCGAUUUGCUUGGCUUGCUGGCUUGCACCAGCGCGGCCACAGAUGGUCUUCUGCCUUGCCAGCUGCACCGUGUGACCAUGUUGCCGCACUACGGCUUUCAGAUUGACUACGACGGCAACAAGCGAACUUGCAGUCGUGCGUUGGCGCUCCUCAAGAGCUCAGGGAAAAGCGUCACCACAUCUAUGGGCAGCGGCUACAAAGUGACCACCAAAGACAUCAAGGAUGGCAGCAGUCAGGAUGCCCAGGCCUUCACAGUGUCCGGGUACUGCUUGCUUGAGAAUGUCACAGAGUUUAAGCUGGAU